GUUUUUGAAAUAUUAACUGAAAUAAUCAUAUAUUUUACAUAUAUUAACAUUUAGAACCUAUAUUUGUAAAUCAAGAUACCUACUUUAUUUCAUAUAUAAUUCCUGCGAGUAAGUAUUUGUAUACUUAAUUACAAUUAAUAAUGUGUAAAUGUUUGUAGAUAUUGAACACGGCGUACUUAUCUACAUACCUAAGUAUUUAAUACCUAUUCAUUUUAAUUAUAUUUAGGUAUUGGGUUACUCAUAUUUAAAAUAUAUUGGUUUUUUUUUUAUUCUACCUAUUUAUUAAUAUGUUUAAAUUAAUAAACAUUUGCAUACAGUAAUAUGUCUUUUAUUCUUAAACUGUGAAAUUAGAUAAAAUUAUAUAAGUCAGUGUUUUAAUUAUAUGAGGUAGGUUACCUAACAGAAGCGUAUUGUUUGGGGGGGAGGGGCGAUGGGUGGAUCGCCCCCUCCUUGGAUAUUUUUGGCUGUGAAUUUUUAAUCUCGACUAUAACCUAUAAACAAUAAAAUAAUAUAGUACUUAUAACCAUGUUAUUUAUUAUUUCUUGGGUAGUUUUACCAACAUUAUCUAAAAGUAGUGAUAAUGAUAUAACUAGGGCAAUUGUUUGUAUAUAAUACAUAUAAAGGAAUAUCAAUGUGGAUGUUCAAAUAGUAGUCAUCAUAGAUUGGUUUGUAGGAGUAAAAUAGAUAAUAAAAUCUAUAGGCGUUAUCUAUAAAUUGUUGAUGAAGUUAAACUGUGAUAAUACCAGUUAUUUGUCAUGUUUUUAUGUACUUGAUACUUGAUACUUGUACUAUUAUACAAUAUACUAUGUUUUUAUGUACUUAGUAUAUUGUAUGAUAUGGUAAAAUAUGUUAUUGAAUGUUUUUGUAGGAUUUUGUAGGAGAACCAUUAAGGUAGUAGGAGUGAUGUAAAGGUGAAGUACUAUACAAGUGGUAAAUGCAAAUUAAGUUUUUCUUAUGUUUUCCUUACAGAUACAUAUACUUAUUCCAUCUGUAAACAGUGCCAUUUUGGAUAAGUAAUCUCAACAAGAAAUAUGAAAAUAAUUACUGUUUUAUUAGUAAUUUUUUUUGUUUCUUAUGCAAUUUCAACUGAUGAUCAAUUUCCAAAAGAUUUUAUGUUUGGUGUUUCAACUGCUGCCUAUCAAGUAGAAGGUGCUUGGAAAGAUGAUGGUAAACGAAAAAAAAAUUUAUUCAAUACCUAGUGUAAAUAGGCUGUAAAAUGAAGAUAUAAUGCGAGAAAUAACUUAUUUUCUGUUCGAUAUUUUAGAUUCUGAGUGUAGCGAAAAAUAUAUUGGUUUUACAAUGGUGUUCAUUAUUUUUAUUUUUUUUUCAUGCUGUGACAAACAUUUCUACCAGAAAUAUUGCUUUGAUAUGCAAGUGUGGCACCAUUUCUGAAAGAAAAUAUUGUCUAUAUCAGUGUUCGGCAACCUUAUUGUACUCUGGGGUCGCAUUCAAAAAUUUAAAAAGUUUUGCGGGCCAUGUUGGACAAAAAUAAACAUGUUUAAUCUUAUUUUAAAAAUUAAAAAUGUUUAAUAGUUUAAUUAAUAUGCAAAAAUAUUAAUAUUUGUCAGUUAUAAAUUAAAGAAUAAUGUACUACAACACUAAAAUGGGAGGGGGGAUAGUAAGGGUAGAACUAACUCAAACAAGAAUAUAAAUGUCUCUCCUUUAGAGUUUAGGCAUUAACUUUUCCUAUUAGAGGAAGUAUUAUUGAGCAUUGUGAUUAGAGAUUUAAUAAAGGUUACCUGUCCUUAAAAUUUAAAUACAAUCGUACCUACAAGGAACACAACUGUUCUUCUGAAAUUAUUCCUAAUUGAUUAUACAGAUCUAGGUGUUGUAAACUGUAUAAUUGUGUGUCUAUCACUGAAUAUUUACCACACCAAGAAUUUAGAUGAAAUAUAAUUAAUUGACACUAAUAAAGAAAAUAAUAAAAUUUUGUUUUAUAUACGUAUAAUACGAAUGCAGUGUAGAGACAACUAUACGCGAAUGAAAUUACUAUCAGCUUCCAGAAUACUGCCGGCCUAUGUUUACACUAAUCAAAUUAUCUAAUUGAAGAUCUAAUAAAUAUAUAUCAUUUUGAACACGUUAACAAUUAUCUUUACCUCUCAUCCUCUUCAAAGUACUAACGACAGCCAUUUUGAUAUGAUUAUUGAUAAUAUAUUCAAUUAAGUUUCAUAAUUUUGAAAAUUAAAGCAGGCCGCUGGUGGCCAACCACAGGUCUAGAUGGUAUUUUAAGUAAGUCAGUUUUUGAUUUUCCAAGCGGUUCUUAUAACAUCUGAGAAAACCUAGGAUAAAACGUAAAAAAACCAGGAAAAUUUACGAAAAUAAUGCUUUUAUUAUUUUUAAUUUUGUUUUUUAUUGUAAUUCAUUAUGAGUUAUGAGUUGAUGUUUCGAGACAUUUAGCACACAAAAAACGCAUUAUAAGUGGAACUUAAAAAUCGAAUUAGAAAAUAACUAAAAGUAGAAAUAACGAAGCACUAGACGUAAUAAAACUAUAAACGACUAACUCUGGUGAAAUCCAGAUAUGAACUGAUAUUCAGUUAAAAAUAUUCGUAGAAACUUGAAAUUUAGACAGAAACAUUCUAUUUACUUUUUUUAGACGUGGUAAAACUUUCAGAACAUUUGAGCCAUUUGAAGACAUUUUAAUUUUGCUAGUUUUUUACGUAAUAUUUAUUCGGUAGGUACUGUGUGGAUAAAACUGACCAAACAGAAAUGCUUAAAAAUUUGAUUAGAGGUUUAUUAUAAGUCAUACAUAGUGGUAAAAAAAAAAUUCAGUUUAGUUUUAGAGUUUUAAAAUCAAAUUUUAACGUAAAUCGUAAAUAUUAUGGUCUUUCAAAACAUGUAUAACCAAACUUCGCUCCAAAUCGUUUUUCGUUAUCGAUGAUUUAUUGUUGGUUACAGGUAUAAGUUAAAUAACUUAAUAUAUAUCCCACCUUCCCCAAUACCCAACUACAACAGUGGGCACACCCAUCCCCAGUAUCAGUUCUUUUUUUUUUGCAUUUGCAUUUGCUAUCUUCUUCCAUAUUUUAAUUACUUAAUGUCAUCACGAAUGUGUAAUAAAUUCAAACCAGUUAGUCUAUUUUUGUCCAUUUUAUUCACGGUCUUAACCAUGUUUUAAUCUAUGAAUUAAAAACAAUAAGGAAACAUGCAAGCAUUUUUGUUGAAAUUCAGUUAAAAGUAUUAUACAGACUUAUAUAGACGAUUAUAUUAGACUUUAGGGAUUUCACAUUUGGACAAAAAACUUAUAUUUACCUUUUCUAGACGUGGAGAAAUUUUCAAACAAUUUUAGCCACUUUUGAGCUACGAAAAAUUAUUAAAAAUUAAUGAUUUGUGGUUUUUUUUAAAAAUUAUUACUAAAAAACACCCCGGAGGUUAAAUGGCCCAACAUGUACCUAUGAGUAAAGUACAUUUAAAUACACAAUUAAUAUGAGUCUAAAUUGUUUUCCAAUAUGCUUUGUCUAUAAAUGAAAGUUAAAGAAUUUAAAGAUUUUACUCAUAAACCUAAUUAUACCUUACCCUCUCCACCCCACCAAACACCAUCUGAAAUUGAUUUUUUUUUCAAAUUCAGAACCCCCCUCCCGAAAAGAAAUCUUGGUUGCGCCACUGUUUUUAAUUAAUGGAUAUUUAAAUUUUUAUAUUUAUAAACACUUAACGUAAUAAGGUACUUAUUAAUUAGACUUAUCUACUCAUAUAAGAAUAUUUUAUAAUAAAUACUGUUAGUUAACAGAGCCCUACUUAAGAAUUUUUAGGCCCAGAGCUAAUUUUUCGAUAAGAUUCUUAAAUUAAAUUAUAAAUUCAAUUUUUUUUUGGUAUAUCGUUUUAUUUUAUUCAAUUUAUUUCUCAAGGUUAUAAAUAAAUUGUUGAAAUCGUGAAAAUAUAUUUUUUGAUGAUAUAAUUAAAUGCUUCUAUGAAAAAAAAAAGAAAAACUGACAUUUUAUUAUAAUUCUGAGCAAAGUGAGGAAUGUAUUAUUUUUACAGCAAUGUUUUUUUUUCUGUUAUCAACUUUUCUACUAAAAAUCUUGCUCCAAUUUUCCUGUGUAUCCCUUUUUCUGAGAAAAAAUUUGACUGGGAUGGUACUUUAAAGAGGUAUUUUUUUUUUUUUUGAUAUUUCUAAGGGGUUUCUCUAAUAAAUAGGAAAUAAUAGGAAAACGUAAGAAAUGUAUUAUUUUCGAAUUAUAAAUAUUACAGCCUUUUAAAACAUGUCCAACCGACCCUGCUAAAAAUUGUUUCUGUUAAGAAUUGCACCUACAACAGUGUGAAGCAUAUUCGUUUUUUUUAUUUGUAUUAUUUUCAACUGUAUCAUCCGGGAAUGUUUUUUUUCUUACUCGAUUUUCCUUAUCAUCAGUGUUAUAUAAAAUGUUUAUUGAUCAUUUAUUUUUUUUUUUCGAAAUUCACGAUUUCCCAAAUUUAUCUUAAUAAAAUUUUUUAUCAAUUACUGAUUAAAUAAUUAAGAAUUCUGUCAUAAGUUUUAUUUUUAGUAAAUAUUUUGUACUUUAACAAAUUUAAACAAAAAUAACUUUAAUACCAAAUUUAUGCAUGGUGGCCCCUCAUUAUGUUUAAGCCCGGGGCUGCUACUCCCUAGCCCUAAUUCUUCUAAGCAGGGCUCUGUUAAUUAAACACGGACACACAUGUAUACUCAAUUAUUUUUAUUUUAGGAAAAGGAGAAAGUAUUUGGGAUCGUUUGGUUCAUGAACAUCCUGAGGUUAUAAAAUGUGGUAGUAAUGCAGAUAUUGCUUGCAAUUCUUACUAUAAGUAUAAAGAAGACAUUGAGCUAACAAAAAAAUUAAAUGUAAACAUAUAGGUCCUAUAUGUAUGUAUAUAUAUAUAUAUAUAUAUGUAUGUGUGUAUAUGCAUAUAUAUAUAUAUAUAUUUAAUAAUUUAUGUAGCAAUAAUCUUAUAAUAUUUUUUUUUAUCUUAGGCAAAAGUUUUUCGUUUUUCAAUAGCAUGGACUCGAAUAGCACCAAACGGAGACGUGAGCACUUUGAACCCCAAAGGAAUAGAUCACUAUAAUUGUGUCAUUAAUGAAAUUAUUGCCAAUGGUCUUACUCCAAUGGCUAGUAUAGUUUGUACAUAAAUUAUUGGUAAAAAUCAUUGUUUCUAUGAUUUCAUUUAAAAUUUACAGGCAACAAUUUAUCAUUGGGAUCUUCCACAAUAUCUUCAAGAACUUGGUGGUUGGACCAAUCCCAUCAUGUCAGAUUAUUUAAGAGAAUAUGCUAGAGUUGUAUUCACUUAUUAUGGAGAUAGAGUAAUAGAUACGACUAAUCAAUAUUUUAUUUUAUUUUUAUUUUGUUUUACUUAAACAAUAUCAGGGCCCAGAAACAAUAGUAAAUAGUAUAAAACAAUACGAUAAUUGAUUAGUUUGACUUAGUUUUAGAUUUGAGUGAAGUUUUUAUGUUUUAGAGUUUAUAGUUCAUUAAGUUUGAAAUGUUUAGAAUUUUCAGUAAAAAUGAAAUCACGGAUGAAACACAGAAGGAAUGUAUUCUGUUAUUUUUAUUAUGUAUGAAUAUCGAUAUUGGAUACAAAUGCAUUCAGCAUUGUUAAUAAUAUAAACCUCUUUCCUCUCGUAAUUACACCUCUAGAAAAAGUUUUGAAUAUAUGAGAAUGUUUUCAAAUUAAUUAUAAAACUAUACGUUUAGUACAUUUUUUUAUUAAAGUAAGAGAAGGUGCUAAAAAUUCAAUUUGCCAAAUAAAUUUAAAAUUUAUAUACUUGUUAACUUUUUGAAUGACGUUUUGAGUCAAAUUGAUCAUUUAAUUAUUUUAUUACAAUUAAAGAGCCAAAUAAUAGACGUUUAUGUAGCAUUAUAAAUAGACUAAUUCGAUAAAUUAAAGAAAUCAGAAAACCGGAUUUAAUAAAUCAUUAGAUGAAGCGAAAAAUAUGGCAGGAUGUCUAAAUAUCUCAUCAGCAUUUAAAGAUAAGUGUAAACGUAAGAUUCCAAGUAAAAAUGUAUGUAAAGCUGACGAUGAAAAAACAGUAACAGAAGUCAAUAUUUUAAAAAUUCAGUGUUUGCAAUCGUUAGAUUCAAUUUUAACUAGUGUAAGUUUGAGAUUUGAAAAAAUGUCAGAAAUUACAGCAGACUUCAAUUUUUUUAACUGGAAAUUGUUUAAAAGUAAUACUAUCCGAAGAAAUAAAAAUUUGGAUUAAUGAUUUGGCGCUUAAGUAUGAAAUUGAUAUAGAUAGCUCUGAGUUCUUUUUCAAGUUAUCAUUUGAUGACGUUAUCGAUGAUUUUGAUUCAAUGAAGGAAAGAAAAGCGAAAUUUUAAAAAGUGAAAUUAAUAAUUAUUUAUUCAAAUUUAGUAAAAUAAAAGGUUAAACUUAUUUUUAGAGCAAUUUCUUAUAUUUACUAUAAUAAAUAAAUUAUAAGCCAUAAUAAAACGGAGCAUUUUUUUUUUCUAAUAAUGAGUUUUAUGAUAGUAAAAAAAACAAAUUUGGUUUUCGAAGCGCAAAUUUGGUUCAUUACCAGAGACGUUAUUGGUUCUUGCUACGGCCCUGGUCAUACUAAGUUCGUGUUGGGGCCAAAAUUGUUUAAUUGUAUAGUAAUAAAAAUUAUAAUAAUGUAUAUGAAGUUUUUAGUUACCUGAAAAGUAAAGACAAUGCAGGAUAUAUAACAUUAAAUAUAUGACAUUCAAUAUUUUAUAUGAAUUUGUUUCAUUUUCUAUUUAUUUUAGGUAAAAUAUUGGAUAACAAUCAAUGAACCAUUGCAGACUUGUAAAGGCUAUGGUUCUAAACUGUAUGCGCCAUAUUUAAAUUUAAAUAAUACUGGUUAUUAUUGGGCAGCCUAUACACAAAUUCUUGGGCAUGCUAAAGUGUAUAGGCUAUACGAAGAGGAAUUCAAAUCUAAACAACAAGGUACGAACUAUAUCUAUCUUCUAUAUUAUAUACAUGAAAAAAGAAGAAACUGACUGACUUAACUUGACUGAAUGACAUAGCAAUGCAUAAUCUAAACAGUUGUCUAAAAACUUAAUAAUAUUGUACAGAGGUUCGUUUUUCAAACGACUAUGUUAGUUUUUGUAUAAUAUGUGUGUAGAAGAAGUAUAUUUUUAAAAGAAAAUAAUUGCACACUUUUAUGAUACCCUAUAAGAAUAAACUAUAUUCACAUAUUAUAUACAUCUAUAUCUUAUUUAUCUUUCAUGCACUCCGUAGAAUGGGCCUUAUAAAGUCUACUUGAAGAAAGUAACGGAUAACAACUUUAAUAUUGAUAUCAAAUGUGUAGACAAAUAUUCAUUAAAAUUUAGAAAUAUUAUAUUUUUUGAUUAGGUCAAGUUAGUAUUUCAGUAGACGGAGUAUGGUAUAUGCCAAAAGAUGCUUCUUCAUUUGACGAUAUGUGCACUGCUGAAAGAGCUAAUCAAUUUGAAGUAAAUAUGCAUUUAAUUAACUUAAUAUAUUAUAAUAAAGUCAAGCAAUUUAAUAUUUAUGGUUUAUUAUAUGUAAUUUUAUCAAAUAUAAAAAUGUUUGUUUUUUUUUUUUUUUUUUAGAGAGGAAUAUUUAGCCAUCCUAUAUACAUAGGAGAUUUUCCUCCUGUAGUGAGGGAGUGGGUUGAUAAAAAAUCUAAAAAAGAAGGGAGACCGUGGUCUACACUGCCAAAGUUUACAAAAGAUGAAAUUAUACUAAUCAAAGGUUUUGUCUUUUUAAUUUUAAUGUUUUUAUAUUACGACUAAAGUAUAAAUAACUUGUUUCACCACCUAGCUAUUACAAUAUAAACACAUAAUAUGCAAGUGGUUUUUGUGUUUUAUAGGCACAGCAGAUUUUUAUGCAAUGAAUCAUUAUUCUAGCCGUUUGGUAACUCGAGGUAUAGAUCCAAAUCCUCAAAAAUUUAAUGUGGAUGCUGAAUAUAUUACUUCUGUGGAUCCAUCAUGGCCAACAUCUCCUUUUGCACCGUGGAUUUAUGUAACAGUUUAUUUAAUUUCAACGUUAAGAGUUCUUAUUCAUUUAUACAUUGUAGGUAGUACCCAGUGGACUUAGGCAGCUUUUGGUAUGGUUAAAAAAUCAAUAUGGAAAUCCACCACUAGUAAUUACUGAAAAUGGUUAUGGUGACAAUGGAGUACUCAAUGACUUGGAUAGAAUUAAUUACUUAAAAGUACAUUUACAAGUGUAUUUAGUUAAACUAAUCUAUAUUAAACAUUUGAUUUAUUAAUUUAAGUUUAAUCACAAAUAUUUUUUGUUUUAGGGUUAUUUAGAUGCCACGUUACAAGCAAUAAAGGUUGAUAAAUGUAAUGUUAUAGGGUAUACAGUAUGGUCAUUAUUGGAUAAUUUUGAAUGGAUGAAUGCUUAUACGUAAGAUUUAUGAUAUCAAAUAAAUAAUUUAAAUAACGCAUGUGGUUUAUUUGAAGGGAUCAGUUUUGAAAUAAAAAUAUUAAUUUAAUUGUGUUAAACAUGAAAAAAUAUAUGUGUAGUAUUUUAGAUUCAGUGUAGUAAUGAAAAUAUUGAAGUAUUAUCUCUUUAUUUUAAUUUAAAUGUUUUCAUUAACCUAAAGUUCUUAUUACAAGAUAGUGUUUUUAUUAAAGAAUAAUUUAUAUUUGAAAAUUAAUGACAACAAAAAAAUGUCUUAUAAAGUACAUGUGUCUCCAAGUAUUUAAUUAAAAAAUGUAAUACCUAUAACAUGUUUUGAGCAGUAUAAUAUACAAAAUUAUAUGUGUGCAUUUAUUUUCAGAAUUCAUUUUGGACUUGUUAGUGUAAAUUUUAGUGAUCCUGAAAGACCUCGAAUUACAAAAGAAUCUUAUAAGUUUUUCCAAAAUGUUGUAACUACAAGAAAAUUGGCAUAAGUAUUUGUAAAAAUAUAUCCUCGAAUCAAGAGAAAAUCAUUUUUAAAAUCUCAUUUUUUUUUAUAAAUGUGUAUUACUUUUAUAUUCCAAAGUAAAUUACCAUUUUAAUAAUUUCAUUAUACAGGUUAUUAAACGUAUAACAUAUUUUGUUUUUUUCCGAACUAAUUAUGAUGGACUAUCCUUAAUAACUGGAAAAAAAUAAACUCUGUCUAUAUAUAUAUAUACAAUAGAUAUUAGUGAGUGUUUAAUAGCUUGUACCUAAUAUCUACUUCACAUAGGUAACCCUAUACAAGCUCAUACUACCUAUGUAGAAUUAUUAUUAAAAUAAUAAUAAUUAAAAAAAUUAAAUUAUAAUACCUUUCAAUAUGGUGAAAAAAUAGUGGCUAAUUAAUCAAAUCGUUUACAUACAGGUGCACAUCAUGUCAUCGUAUCUGUUCAAAUGAUUGGUGUGUCGUUUGUAC